GCUAAAUAAAUAAAUAAAAAGUCAAAAUAAGGACCUUUUGCCCUAGAUACAAGAUUACAGUUUCAACUGUUCAAGUUUUACAUGCAUAUAUGUUGGUGGCCAGGCUGAUGUUUGAUUUGAUACUUGGCGCUCGCUUUCGCGUAGCAGCACGAAUGGCACUCGUUGAACUCUGUCAUCCUGUCAUCCGGAGAGCGUGGUUGAUUUAAAUAUUCAGUUCACAGUAGAACGCAAACUUGGCAAAUCCAGCCUCUUCUGCGGGUUGAGCGCUCAGCCUCACGCUCCAACCGCCUGAUAGCUUCUUGGCCUGUAUCGACGGCCUUUCAGCCGUAUAUUCCUUCGCUACAGCAGAGCUCAUCUACUACCAAUCUACAAUGGCGCCUAAGCUUCGAAUUGGUCUUGAAAUCAACCGGGUGCCAUACUCUGACCUCACACCGCCGAGCGCUAGCUACUACCAAGCCAACCCACUCCACAAUGUCUCACCGGUCGAAUCUGGAUUACCCGACAAACGAUCUUUCCUGUCAAGACACUAUAAAGCUAUUCCCUUCACUCUCAUGGCAAUCAUCGUGGCUCUGUGCGUCGGCGGCGGCGUCGGCGCAGCGCUCGCAGUCAACAACGCGCGGACCGCCUGUCAUGCAUCCCAAACAUCACAACCAGAGACGUCGCCUCCAUCAGCAGACUCCGCGUCGCCAUCUCCCACCCUCAGCAUCGCGCCCUACGACCUGCAGCUCGGGCCACAGAUAACGGCUCUACCACUGCCUGCAGCGCAAAACUUCACUUACAUCGCAUUGCAAGACAAGACGACCUACGAUGUCAUCUACGGCGGUAAUAUUGAGGACUGGACGCACCAUGUUGCGGAGACUAUCACGCCAAGCUUUGAAGCUUGUGUGGAGACGUGUGCGAAUUCGAAUGAGCUCGUAGCUGCGCUAGGCGAUGGAGACGGGAGAGAUGGGUGGAAGGGACCGAAUGCAUGUCGGGCGGUCGUGUGGGUUCCGGGGGCGACAGGCGUUAAUCCGAUGAACUGUUUUUUGAAAGGCGUGAUGGGGGAGAUCACGGGUAAGGCAGGGCAGGGCCCGCAAUGGAUUGCUGUGAGGAGGGGAUAGAUGGGGUAAAGAAGAAGAUGAUGGCCGGGUGAUGGGACAAGUGAGAGGCAGGUACUGGCGAAAUAAGCAUCUCAGCCUCCAUGAUCGCUAUAGACAUAGCCUUCAGCGAAGGUCAUGGCAGCAAUGCGUGCCAUUUCAAACCGACUUUCGAACAGCCGUCCAUUUAUCUUAACCACCCCUGCCCCUUAAUCUCCCGCGUCCUCUUCCACC